ACUGCUCCGCGCUUCAGGCGAGAAUGUGGUCUGCUAUGUCGGGCGUGGAAGGGGCCUGAUGGGGUCUGUCUGCGCAGGCGCGAGCCUCCUAACUACCCGGGAACCCGCGGGGCUCUCUCUUUUGAUUCUCGGACAUGGGCACCCCACAGAAGGACGUUAUUAUCAAGUCUGAUGCACCUGACACCCUUUUAUUGGAGAAACAUGCAGAUUAUAUUGCAUCCUAUGGAUCAAAGAAAGAUGAUUAUGAGUACUGCAUGUCUGAGUACUUGAGAAUGAGUGGCGUCUAUUGGGGUUUGACGGUGAUGGACCUCAUGGGACAACUUGAUCGCAUGAAUAGAGAAGAAAUUCUGACAUUUAUUAAGUCCUGCCAACAUGAGUGUGGUGGAAUAAGUGCUAGCAUUGGGCAUGAUCCUCAUCUUUUGUAUACUCUCAGUGCUGUCCAGAUUCUUACUCUGUAUGAUAGUGUUAAUGUUAUUGACGUAAAUAAAGUUGUGGAAUAUGUGCAGAGUCUACAGAAAGAAGAUGGUUCCUUUGCUGGAGACAAUUGGGGAGAAAUUGAUACAAGAUUCUCUUUUUGUGCGGUGGCAACUUUGGCUCUGUUGGGGAAGCUUGAUGCUAUUAAUGUGGAAAAGGCAAUUGAAUUUGUUCUAUCUUGUAUGAACUUUGAUGGUGGGUUUGGCUGCAGACCAGGUUCUGAAUCUCAUGCUGGACAGAUCUAUUGUUGCACAGGAUUCCUGGCUAUUACUAGUCAGUUACAUCAAGUAAAUUCUGAUUUACUUGGUUGGUGGCUUUGUGAACGACAGUUACCCUCAGGUGGACUGAAUGGAAGACCAGAGAAGUUGCCAGAUGUUUGCUAUUCAUGGUGGGUUUUGGCUUCCCUAAAGAUAAUUGGAAGACUUCAUUGGAUUGAUAGAGAGAAACUACGCAGUUUUAUUUUAGCAUGUCAAGAUGAAGAAACUGGAGGUUUUGCAGACAGGCCAGGAGAUAUGGUGGAUCCUUUUCAUACAUUAUUUGGCAUUGCUGGAUUGUCACUUCUGGGAGAAGAACAAAUUAAACCUGUUAGUCCUGUUUUUUGCAUGCCUGAAGAAGUGCUUCAGAGAGUGAAUGUUCAGCCUGAACUAGUGAGCUAGAUUCAUUUGAUAGAAAAGUGUAGUAUAGUUUUUGCCAUCAACAUUUCUGUAUUUGAAGUGGUUAAUGAACCUAAAGAUGUUUACUGUUCAUAUUUUGUAUAUUGUGUUAAAUUAAUUCUAAUAAAUUAUAUAAUUAUACAUAUUGUAAAAUAAAGCCCUGUAUUGUAUUACA